GAUGAGCACUCACAAAGCUGCCCCGCACGAGUUCAGGUAACAGUAGGUAAAGAAAGCGAAAAUACCGAAGUACCGGCUGACGAAGGUGGACGAAGAGAAAGCGGCGAUAGGAAAUCGUCUCUCAAGUUCAAGUGCCCCAAGUGUUCGGUCUCGUACAAGCGUGCAAAAAGCCUGUGGAAUCACGAAAUACUAAAACACAAACAAACAAGCGAAGAGUGCAGCUCACAGAAGCAUGAGUAGAGCGAUACUAAAAAAACCGAAAAAAAACAAGAUUAUCAAAGUGACCCCGGGCGCACCUGCGACGAUGCUAAAGCGACGACCAGGUCGGCCUAGCGCACCCGCGACGACGCUAAAGCGACGACCAGGUCGGCCUAGCGCACCCGCGACGACGCUGAAGCGACGACCAGGUCGACCUAGCGCACCCGCGACGACGCUAGAGCGACGACCAGGUCGACCUAAAAAACUGCCGGUUAAAGCGCCAUCUCAGGAAAGAGAACAAACAAGCACUAGUAAAGCGACCGGUUCCAACAAAAAAACGCGGCUAGACUCACCUCGCGUGACUCGUCUAACGGCAAAUGGAGUUCCACCCAAAGUCGUUAGCGUGACACAAAGAGCCGUGAAAUUCGACACCGCAAACAGAUACCGUUGUCCGAAAUGCGUGGUGUCAUUCUCCGAGCAGCAGCUGGGACUUCUGCGGAAGCACAUGUGGCUCAAGCACCGCCUGCGUCGCAAGACGCACGUUAUACCGGUCGCCGCGGAUGCCGUUGCCAUGGACGCCGUUGCCAUCGCCGCUGAUGCCGUCGCCAUGGACACUGUUGCCGCGGAGGCCGCCGCCACAGACGCGACACGCCCCGUCGACCGCGACGACGUGAGACGCCCCGUCGACACGAAACGCCCCGUUACCCGCAGAGAUGCAAGACGCCCCGUCGACCACAGCGACUCGAGACGCCCCGUCCACCGCAGCGACGCGAGACGCCCCGUCGACCUUGGCGACGCGAGACGCCCCGUUGACCGCGGCGACUCGAGACACCUCGUCGACCUUGGCGACACGAGACGCCCCGUUGACCGCGGCGACGCGAGACGCCCUGUCGCCCGCGGCGGCGCGAGACGUCCCGUCAAUCGCGACGACGCGAGACGCCCCGUCUACCGCAGCGACUCGAGACUCCUUGGCGACGCGAGACACCCUGUUGGCCGCGGCGACGCGAGAUGCCCCGUCGCCCGCGGCCGCGCGAGACGUCACGUUGACCGCAGCGACUCGAGACGCCUUGGCGACGCGAGACACCCCGUUGAUCGCGGUGACGUGAGACACCUCGUCGCCCGUGGCGGCGCGAGACGUCCCGUCGACCGCGGCGACGCAAAAUGCCUCAUCGACUGCGGCGACGCGAGACACCCCGUCGCUCGUGGCGACACAAAAGUGAAGACAGAAAAGUCCCAGAAUGACGGCGGCGGUGAGCAGGUUGCCGCCGCUCUGUCUGGUGCGCGGCGCCGGCUCCACGGCAGGCCAUUGAGCGUGCGCGACUCUGCGCGGAAGUGCGAUCUGUGCGAGAUGACGUUCGCGACGCAGUUACACCUCCAGCGUCACGCGGCAACGAAGCACUCCGGCACGUUUGCCGCACACGCCUGCCGUCUCUGUGCGGCGACGUUCCUGUCUCGCGCGCUGCUGCUGCGUCACACAGCACGCAGCCACAAGGGUCACAGCGUCGGCAAGCUGUCGGCGGUGCCCGCCGCAUCAUGGGUCUCCGCCACCGACAUGGUCGACGCGCGCAGAACCUCCAAGUUUGAGUGCGACGUGUGCGAGAAGCAUUUCAGCCGCGCACACGGCCUGCAGCAGCACAUGGUCGCGCACGCCGAGAAGCGGCACGUGUGCGGCGUGUGCGGGGCGGCAUUCGCGCGCGCCUGGUCGCUCGGGCAGCACGCGCACACGCACCGCGACGUGAAGCCUUACGCGUGCGGCUCGUGCGACCUGCGUUUCGCGCAGCGCAGCUCGCUGCUCGUGCAUGAGCGCACGCACACGGGUGCCAACGCCGUUCCGCUGCCGCUACUGCGGCCACGGCUUUUAAGCAGAGCAGCAGCCGGACGCAGCACGUGCGCCGGCACCUCAACAUCAAGCCAUACGCGUGCGGCGUCUGCGGCGUGGCGUUCGUCGCUGGUAGCGACCUGCAGAAGCACAAGCUCGUGCACACAGCCGUUAAGGCGCAUGAGUGUGAUGUUUGCGGCGAGCGCUUCGCGAAGACCGGCUACCUGCAGCGCCACUAUCGCAUCCACACCGGGGAGAAGCCGUACGAGUGCAAGCAAUGUGGCAAGUGCUUCCGGCAGCAGAACCACCUGGAUACGCACAAGCGGACGCACUGGGGUUUCAAGUAUGCCGAGGUCUGUGUGAUGUGUGGUAAGAAUGUAAGACCGGAAAACAUGCAAAUGCAU